CCUCCCGCCCUCCUCUACCUCCCCCUCCCGCGCCGAGACUCGCCGCCGCCGCAGCCGCAGGAGUAGCCGCCGCUGGAGCCGCGCGCAGCCAUGGCCGAGAACCCCGGCUUGGAGAACCACCGCAUCAAGAGCUUUAAGAAUAAGGGCCGAGAUGUGGAAACAAUGCGAAGACACAGAAAUGAAGUGACAGUUGAACUACGAAAGAACAAAAGAGAUGAACAUUUACUGAAAAAAAGAAAUGUUCCCCAAGAAGAAAGUUUAGAAGAUUCAGAUGUUGAUGCUGAUUUUAAAGCACAAAAUGUAACACUAGAAGCUAUAUUGCAGAAUGCCACAAGUGAUAACCCAGUGGUCCAGUUGAGUGCUGUCCAGGCUGCAAGAAAGCUACUAUCCAGUGACAGAAACCCCCCAAUUGAUGACCUAAUAAAAUCUGGGAUUUUACCAAUUCUAGUCAAAUGUCUAGAAAGGGAUGAUAAUCCUUCAUUACAGUUUGAAGCUGCUUGGGCAUUAACUAAUAUAGCAUCAGGAACUUCUGCACAGACUCAAGCUGUUGUACAGUCUAAUGCCGUACCUCUUUUUCUGAGACUUCUCCAUUCACCACAUCAGAAUGUUUGUGAACAAGCAGUAUGGGCUUUGGGAAACAUUAUAGGUGAUGGUCCUCAAUGUAGAGAUUAUGUCAUAUCACUGGGAGUUGUCAAACCUCUUCUGUCCUUCAUCAAUCCCUCCAUUCCCAUCACCUUCCUUCGGAACGUCACAUGGGUCAUUGUCAAUCUCUGCAGGAAUAAAGACCCCCCACCGCCUAUGGAGACAGUUCAGGAGAUUUUGCCAGCAUUAUGUGUCCUCAUAUACCAUACAGACAUAAACAUUCUUGUAGAUACAGUUUGGGCGCUGUCCUAUCUGACAGACGGAGGUAAUGAGCAGAUACAGAUGGUUAUUGAUUCAGGGGUUGUGCCAUUUCUUGUGCCCCUUCUGAGCCACCAAGAAGUGAAAGUUCAAACAGCAGCACUCAGAGCGGUUGGCAACAUAGUGACGGGUACCGACGAGCAGACCCAGGUUGUUCUCAACUGCGAUGUCCUGUCACACUUCCCGAAUCUCUUAUCACACCCAAAAGAGAAGAUAAAUAAGGAAGCAGUGUGGUUCCUUUCUAACAUUACAGCAGGCAACCAGCAACAAGUUCAAGCUGUAAUAGAUGCUGGAUUAAUCCCUAUGAUUAUUCAUCAACUUGCUAAGGGUGACUUUGGAACACAAAAAGAAGCUGCUUGGGCAAUUAGUAACUUAACGAUAAGUGGCAGAAAAGAUCAAGUUGAAUACCUUGUACAGCAAAAUGUAAUACCACCAUUCUGUAAUUUACUGUCAGUAAAAGAUUCUCAAGUUGUUCAAGUGGUUCUAGAUGGUCUGAAAAACAUUCUGAUAAUGGCUGGUGACGAAGCAAGCACAGUAGCUGAAAUAAUAGAAGAAUGUGGAGGUUUGGAGAAAAUUGAAGUUUUACAGCAACACGAAAAUGAAGACAUAUAUAAAUUAGCAUUUGAAAUCAUAGAUCAGUAUUUCUCUGGUGAUGAUAUUGAUGAAGAUCCUAGCCUCAUUCCUGAAGCAACACAAGGAGGUACUUACAAUUUUGAUCCAACAGCCAACCUUCAAACAAAAGAAUUUAAUUUUUAAGUUCCAUUGAGUGCAGCAUCUUUCCCACGUUCAACAUGAAGCACCACCAGAUGGCUACCAAAUGACAAGAACAACAGCUACAAAAGGCUCCAAAACGUACAUGCCUCUUUGUUUCGAUGCUUCUAAAGCAAGCCAUGUCUCAGUCACUUUGCAGUUGCCAAAAGCCACUAUCACAUGGACUGUAAAUGCAUAUGCAUGAUUUCCUAAACUGUUUUAGAAUUCUCCUUAACAGUCUCGACUACCCCAAUUUUCCCUGUUCCCUGGUGCCGCCCGCUGACAGCUGCAGUCUCCAGUUUAGAAUAUUCCAUAGUGGUGGCAUGUCAGCUGCCCACUUGAUACUCCUUUGGAAAAUGGUGCGCUGUGGAUCAAGACACUUUGGUAUGACGCAUACACACGUUGGAAGACUUUAAAGAGGUGCAGUCUGAUCUGAGCCUCCGUCAUUGUCCUCCACAAACAUUUUCAUACUCUUUAUGUGGAAGAAUAGAUUUUAAAGUACAAGCCAAAUGAUUUUCAUUGGUGGAACUGACACACACACAAAAGUAACUUAAAAAAAGAAACUUGGUUAUUGAUUAAACAGAUAAGUUAAAAAACAAAAACUGUACUUCAUCUACCAGUAAUUGAUGUGUUUAUUAUCUGCCUCAGAAGCCAGGGUUGGAGGAAGAACUUUAGCUAUGGAUGGUAAUGCUUUCGCCAUUAUACCUAAUUUUGAGAACAGCAAGCCCUAUUUGACCACUCACUUCAGCCUGUGUGUUCCUGCUGUUUUGAAGUAAUCAAAUGCUGUGCAUGGUAUUUUACCUGAGCUGCAACCUGUUACGGACUUGAACUUCUGUUUAAGUUGAAAGCAAGAGUCCCUGACUAUAAAGAAAUAAACAAAUAAAAACAAAAAAUACAAAGGUCUGAAGUACCCAUUGGUGAUAUUAAAAAAGAAAAUCUUGCUUUCAGCUUUCAGGAGUUAAUAUUUUUCGUUUUAAAUUGAUAAUUGGAUAUGGUUGAUUUAUAUUGGGUUUAAACUGUGGAGCUUUCAUGUUUACUGUAAUUUAGUCUUAAAAUAUUUUUUACUUAGUAACCAGUGCUUUUGAUAAUGUGGUUGGCAACAUACCAGCAACUAUUUAGAAGUGUCAUAAAACUUCUUUCUUUGAGUAUUGGAAAGUUCAUCCAGAUCCUACUCGAAAAGUAUAUUCAUAUAAUAAAAGAUUCAGACAAGGAUCUGCGUAGAGGAAUAAUCUGCAGUUAUUUAACAUAAACCUGAUUUGCAGUGAUCUUUAAGUAAUUCUGCAAAAUCUGGUAUUACUAUGUAAAGUCAUUGCUUUUGGAAAAUUGUCUGACCCAGUUAGUUAUUAAUGAAAGAAUAUGGAUUUGAAAAUUUUUAAACUGAAUAAUUUGUGCUGUCACAGAAAUGGUUUUGUUGCUGUUGUUUACUGGGUAUAAUUUCCCAAUGCAUUGAUGUGAAGGGAUAGAAAAUCUAAACUAAUUUAGUUAUGCGGUGGGAGGGGGGUUGUAUUUACUGUGAUGAAGAUGAGACAGAUGCCAUCAGAGCUUUGUGGAUCAGCAGGGGUGUUUUCACUGAUAAACAACACAUAGCAGGUGUGCAUUCAUUACAAAUAUAUGUAUCUGCCAAGGUGGAGCCACUUUAAAGAGUGAGUUUUGUCUUGUAUCUAAAGGGGAUACAAGCGUAUGUUUAAACUGCAAGAUUUUUACUUGCUAGAGAAUCUGUUUUAAUAUAGUGGUUUGGCCUCUGAUUAUUUAUAGGUUUUAUAAAUUUUAGAAUCAAUUUCUCUUUAAGGUGGCUCAGAUUUUUCAACUCUUGUGCACAUAAAAUUGAGUUGAAGUUCA